UCCCGCAGACGGAAGCCGGAAGUCGGUGUUCAGGAAUGUGGGUGUUAGAAAGUGAAACAGAAGAGCUGUUCGAAUUAAAAACAGCCUGUUAAUUAAAUGCGAUAAAGAUGAUUGAGACCGCGAACAGAAUGUGAGAGUCGCGUGGAACACAUCAUGCUGUUCAAACACAUCAGACAGCGCAGUGUCGGCCGGCCGAAGGUGGCUCAUGCCGUGGUGGUGAUCUUCUUGGAGUUUUUCGCCUGGGGUCUCCUGACCACCCCGAUGCUGACCGUUCUGCAUGAAACUUUUCCGCAGCACACGUUCCUCGUGAACGGACUCAUCCAGGGCGUCAAGGGGUUUCUGUCGUUCAUGAGCGCUCCUCUGAUCGGUGCCUUGUCUGAUGUUUGGGGCAGAAAGAACUUCCUGCUGCUCACAGUGUUUUUCACCUGCGCCCCCAUCCCACUAAUGAGGCUCAGCCCAUGGUGUUUUUUUGCUCUGAUGUCUGUGUCGGGGCUUUUCGCCGUUACAUUCUCUGUGAUAUUUGCGUAUGUGGCUGAUAUUACAGAAGAGCAUGAAAGAAGCACAGCGUAUGGAUUGGUGUCUGCGACGUUUGCGGCGAGUUUAGUGACAAGUCCGGCGAUAGGAGCGUUCCUGUCUCUGCGCUACGGAGACAGUGUGGUGGUUCUUCUGGCCACCGUCAUCGCUCUGGCUGAUAUUCUGUUCGUCCUGCUGGUGGUCCCCGAGUCCCUGCCGGACAAAAUGAGACUGUCCUCGUGGGGUUCACCCAUUUCCUGGGAGCAGGCCGAUCCUUUCACUUCUCUGAGGAAGGUGGGGAAAGACUCCACAGUCCUGCUGAUCUGUGUCACCGUCUUCCUGUCGUAUCUCCCCGAGGCCGGGCAGUACUCCAGCUUCUUCCUCUAUUUGGGACAGGUCAUUAACUUCUCGUCCGAAGCGAUUGCAGCGUUUAUUGCGAUGGUGGGAAUCCUGUCCAUCGGAGCACAGACAUUACUGUUAAGCGUUCUGAUGAAGAAGAUUGGGAAUAAAAGCACCGUUCUGCUGGGACUGGGGUUUCAGUUGCUCCAGCUGGCCUGGUACGGCUUCGGCUCUGAACCAUGGAUGAUGUGGGCGGCCGGUGCCGUCGCUGCCAUGUCCAGCAUCACCUUUCCUUCUGUGAGCGCGCUGGUGUCUCGAUGCACGGAUCCCGACCAGCAGGGAGCGGUUCAGGGCAUGAUCACAGGGAUCCGAGGUCUGUGUAAUGGACUCGGUCCGGCUCUGUUCGGAUUCAUCUUCUUCCUCUUCAAUGUGGAGCUGAAGGAGCUGAGCCCCGUGGAGCAGAACCCCGUCACACCGGACACUGAAGAGAAGCGUGUGAUUCCUGGUCCUCCCUUCCUGUUCGGAGCGUGUACGGUUCUUCUGGCUCUGCUGGUGGCGGUGUUUAUUCCCUCUCAACACGCUCCGGCGGUGCAGACGUGUAACACGCAUGUGAUGAUGGAGUCUGCGAUCAGCGUCACGGAGAACGGAUCUGUUCCUGUGAGCGACGAAGACAACGAGCCUCUUUUACAGGACAGUAGUUUAUAAGCCCAACAGGACG